AUAUACAGCAUCUAAUUUGAUUUUCUAUUUGUAUAGAAAUGCAUGAUGUACCUUCAAAUGAAGCUCUAACAGUUGACAAUUCAUUACCAGCUGAUCAACCAAUACCAAAUGCUGAUUUGAUUGGUAUGGCAAUUAAUAACGCAUCCGGAGCAACUGAUGAAACCAUGCUUGAUGCUUCAAGUCAUUCCGACAACCAGCUGGACUUGUCUGUUAUCAACGCAGCGGAUGAAAACUCAUUGGACAUGAGUUAUGCUAUAACUCCAAGCAUCGAACAAAAUACUCUAGCAAAAUUGCCAGUAGCAGAGUUAAUUGAGGUGUACGAUGAACUGGGCAAUCGUGUAACAGCCACAGUUAUAGCAAUAAAUGUUGAUGAUGUGACUAUGAGCAGCGACAGCUCCCCAAGUAGCGUAGAUAUCAGAGUUGACAGUCAACUUGUACCGGAAGAAAAAAAUAAAGAUGAUUUGGAUAAGACUGACAGUGAAGAGUUUAAUAGUGACUCGAAUAGAGAAUCAAGUAGUUCUCAUUGUUUGAAUAUAUCAAACAAAGAUGAGGUUCUGGAUUUCACGAUAACUUCCGAAGGUACCAAUGAGUCUGAGAAUACUGUAAAUACAGAGCAAGAAGACUCUUAUGAUUCUGUUAAAGCUUCUGUACAGAUUGAUAUCUUAGAAAAAACUAGUCCUGUGUUUGGAACUUCUGUAUUAAGCAAACACAAUUCUAUAAAUGUCAUAAAUGACAAUAACAGUCACCUAAGCAUCAACGAAGAAUCUAACUCAAGUACUUGUGGAAGUAAAAAUGAUAUACAAAUAUCACCUAAGCUACAAGAAUUUUUCCCUGUACCUACGUUUACGAAGAAGAGAAAAAAAAGUACAUCUAAAAAUACCCCAACUGUGGCUGUUGUUGACGACCUGUUGAUAGCGAUGCAACAGAAAGAAGCAGAAAAAAAAGAAAAAGGGCAACAAAUUUUAUUGAACAAACAAGAAAGGGAAAAGGCGAAAAUAAUAAGAGACAAAGAAACAACUAUUGUGAAGCAAUAUAAUGAAAAUAAGAAGAAAAAAAUACAAAAGAAGAAAGAACUUAAAUUACAAAUACAGAAUUUAAAGAAGGCAAUCAAAUCGGAAAACAGCAAAGAAAAUGUUGGUCCCUUAACAGAGCGGCUCCAGAAAGUGAAUGCCGAAUUAGCUGAAUUGGAAAAUUCAUUCAUUCUAGAGGAAAUGGAGUUUUUACAAACAAAAAUUAAAGUAAAAAAAGAAAAAUGUGAUUCCACUGUAUGAAAUGUUAUUUUUGUUAAUGUAACUUCUUUAUUGUUCUUAAGUGCAUUAUUUUUGUACUAAAAUAAUAAAAUUUAAAAUUAAAAUUAA